CAGGUACUGGCUUGGUGGGACGUCUUGGCUGCACCAAUAUGCCUAUUGUGGUUCCUCUCGCUCUGCUACAUUUUCUGUAUCGUCUUCGUUCGACCCUUCCUCAUUCAGAAAGGAACUGCUAAAGCGCCGUUUCUUCUAUGGAAUGAAUCGGCGCCUGAAGAUCCCAGUAACAUAUUCAAAGCUGCAAUAGAAGGCGGCUCCGCAAGAGAAUAA